AAGGAAAAAGAUCCUCCUGCUGCCUUGGCCUCCCUUCCUCCGUGCACGACCGAACCGGAGGAGCCAUACAGGCAGGCUUUGGCUUUGCCCCACGGCUUGCGCUGCGGUGCGCUGAGCUGAGCCGAGGAAGCUGCUGCUGCUGCUCCCAAUCUCCGCGGAUGAUGGCUGUGCUGCUCUGUUCUGGUCGGGUCGGGUCCAUACUCGUCUACUAGGAGAGAGAGAGAGAGAGAUAGAGAGAAGGGAGAGGGCAGGGGGCCGAGGGCCGAGGGGGGGGAGUAGUACCUUCUUCUAUGAUACGUGCCUCUGACGGACUGACCGACAGACUCGUCGUCCUUGGGAGGCCCAGGCAGAGAAAGCCAUCUAUCUCUCUAGAAACCUCCGCGAACCCGACAGAUAGGCAGCCCAGGCCGACCCACCCCCGCGGCCAAGCGCAGAGAUACGCCGAUUUUUUCCAUUUCCCCGUGGAUCUGUUCCACGCCUCGAUCUUCCCUCGAGGGAUUUCGGGUCGCAAGCAAAUAGGGGGGAAUCCGUGGGUUGUCGAGAGAGGGGAGGUCGCGCGGCGGUUUUUUCGUGCGCGCCUCGCUCGCGCUCGUCUGGAGGUCGGUGAUGUGGCCGCAACGGGGAGUAGGCGGAGGAGAGGAGAAGGAGGCGGACGAGGACCGGGCGGACGAAGUUGGAGGCGGAGGAGGAGAAGGUGGUGGUGGUGGUGGCGGAACAGGGGUAUAGGGCCGGGGGUGGGCCUCGGUCGCUUCAGUCACUCGGCACACCAUCGGGCCGAACAAAGGAGCGCGCAGGAAUGGUCACCGUGAACAACCGUGGGAUGGUGGGCAGUUCAUCUCAUCAGCACCAGCAGCAGCGGUCGUAUGGUAUUAGCGAGAUGGCUUCUGAGAAGGUUGGAGGAGCGAGCGUGUUAUCGGCCGCCGAUAUGAUGAACAACAACGGAAGCAAGGUUGGAGCUGGGUAUCGGUGGAACGGCGAUGCAAUGAUGCUGGGCAGGAGGCGCGUCGGCCUGAGCAAUGGAGGCAGUGUUUCGGACGGCAGUUCUGACGAGGAGGAGGAAGAAGAGGAAGCCGAGGAAGACGUCGCUGAGGACCUCUCCGACGACGGGGAAGGAUUAGGUGCUGAGGAGGAAGAAGAGCACGAGGCUGAUGUUAUGGAUCGAGGAGGAAGCAGUCGAGGUCGAGACAGGGAUCGAGAACGCGAGCGAGAGCACGAGCGUGUAGGGUUUGACGACGGCGGAACCGGAACAGAGGACGAAGGUUUUGAUGAACCUGGGCUUCCUGAUUCUCCAUCUCCGCAGCCGGUGAUGAGAAUUGCCGACGGCCGCGACCUGGGCCGAGGUGAUAUGAGAGUGUCGAAGGUUCCUGUCAGUAGGGAGAGGGAAAGAAUGAGAGACAUGUCAUCGCCCGACGAUGUUCGCGAAUCCAACCAUAGACAGAGAAUGAGAGAGGUUUCAUCGCCUGAAGAAGAUGCUCAUGAAGCGACCGAUGACAGCGACGGUGAAAGAGCUCUGCCUCUGUCGAGAGGACCCGAGAGGAGUCAUGUGUCUGCAAGUGAAGGGACCAGAGAGAUGAUUCUCUCUCCCGAGAAAGGACCGAGAGGUAUGGUGGACACGACGAAGAGGAAAAUCGAGAGUGUACCCCGUAAUGGCGGUGAACCUAAGAAGAGGGAGAGAGGACCUUCAACAAACUCGUCUAGAAGGAGGAGGAGUACUGGAACUGGAGAAAGAACACGAUUUAGUUCCGAUAACAAAGCCCGUGUGACUCUAGAAAGGGCUCGAGAGAUCCUCGCGGCCGUGAAGGCUGCCAUGGUGAAUGAUCCCAAGCAGUUUGCCUUGAGGCACGCAGAAAGUCGGGCCGUCGAGAAUUCCUCAAGUAGUGAAGACGAAAGGCCCCCGUUGCAACUUGCACCACCUCGUGUUAUGCUACAUCAGCAAGUAAAAACCGAGGAUAAACUUAUAAAGAAGAGGAGUAGAGCGCCGAAAGGUGACAAGGAGGUGCCUCCUCGUCGACGAAAACCGAAAGUGGAAGUAGAUUUUCAUGCGUCAGAAGAGAAAAGCUUCUAUCGAAGACCGCAAGCCGAGGGCUCUGGUCAUGAACAUGCGUUUAAGCUUGGCCACUUCAACACGUCUGGGGUUGAACUCUCCAGAGAGGGUAGAGUUACCCACGAUGGGGAUGGCGAAGGUCACUACGAGAGGAAGGAAUUUCGAGAAGAAGGCUUUGAAAAGCAUAUAGCUGUUGUUGAGAAGAAAGUGAGGAAGCGUAGGAAGACCAAAGACGCGGAUGAUUCGCUUCCCAUGUCGACAGGUUUAUGUCCAGGCAGUUCCAUCAGGAACGAGAAUUGGGAGCCGCCUCCUUCUCCUUUCGGGUUGAUUCAGGAGAGUCUUUACAAAGAUCCAUGGAAAGUGUUGCUUUCGUGCAUGCUUCUCAACAAAACAGCAGGCCGGCAGAUGCAUAAGGUCAUAUGGGAUCUUUUCAGCCUGUGCCCCGAUGCAGAAUCUGCGAUAAACACUGAUACUGCGAAGAUUGCGGAGAAAGUAUACUCCUUGGGCCUACAAAAUAAACGUGCCAAGAUGAUCCAGAGAUUUUCAUUCGAGUAUCUGCAGGGUGACUGGACCAAUGUAACUCAAUUGCACGGCAUUGGAAAGUAUGCUGCCGAUGCGUAUGCAAUAUUUUGUCAAGGAUUAUGGAGGGAUGUUGAACCUGACGACCAUCAGCUUGCAAAAUACUGGAAGUGGUUGUGGGAAACCGAUGGCCAGGGAAAUGGAUUUACUCCCGACAACUCGUAACAACCUACAAGAUGUUAGUGAGGAAAUCUUUAAGUGUACAUACCACUUCCUGGUAAGAACUCCACAAUAUAGCAUCAAGCUGCAUCACGUGCAAUCAACCCCUUCAAUUGUAAAUAUACUCUAUUGAAAGCACAGCACUUCAGUCCAGUACACUUCAGCCGCUUCCAUUUUAAAGCUAGAUGAAGGUGCAAGAUGUUGAUGUAAGAUCGGAUCAGUGCUAGUAGGUAAGAUUCACAAGCCUAGACGAUGAAAAUCCGUGGAAGGCCUUCUGAACUGAUUGGGCCCUUUUGGGUACCCCACUUUAGCUGAACACUUACUAGUGUACGAGUAGAUUGUCCAGACCACAGAUGGACACAAUGAGUUUACGGGUGCUAGGGAUAUUAGGAAGAAGGAAAAGCGCAGGCCGGCUAUCCAAAUUUUGCCAUGCAGCGAGCCCACCCCUCGAAAGUUGACUGCCUCUUUUUCAGCUCGGAUAUUAGUAACAGGAAGAAGGUAGUUGUUUAUGUUAAGCUCAAUGCUAUCAAUUUAACAGCUGCUUACGUGCCAUAUCUGUUUCUCUAGUCCAUACCGGUCCCAUGAAGGGAAUUAGGACAACAGUAACCUCUUUGCCUCUGAAACGCCUCAAAACCGGCGGUAUUACUUCAUUUUGAACCUUCUAGUUGCGGGGCCUAUUGCAGAGUGAGACCAAUUUGCUAGUCCAGUUGCCUGUAACACUCGACGUUCUUUCUCGAAAGAAACCGACUGAAGUUUUGGUUUUUUUGG